GUCCGAAUACUCACGUUAAACCGAAUUUACUAUCACUACCGUUACUUGACCAAUUCUCACAGCAAUUUCUUCUAAUUUACAUAAGAUUUCAAGCCUCCGACACCAUUGUGUUUCUUUAGCACGCGGUUUUCCAAGUCAAUAAAGCCACGACCUAUCGAUCCGCGAGUCCUCUCUGUCUUUUAACCGUCCGAUCUCUUCUUUCUCUUGUCGCGAAAGCUGGUGCGCGUGCACCUACUAUGCUACGCCGAAAGAGACGACCAUCUUCCACAAGGACAUCGUGGACGUAGCAUUUAUCAAUCUCCCUGCACGAGCAACCAACGACACUAAUAUAAUACUAUUUGUAUUGUAACUUUAUGUACAUAGACUCGGCUCGAGAUAACUCUUUAUUACUACAUAUCUCGCGACGAGGCGACGAGGAUAACAGCUGGCAGGAAGGUGUCAUCACGCGUCACGCCGGGGUGGUGGGUCUAUGGGGGGCUCCGCCCCAGCGGUCCCCCGGCUCGAGUCCAAUCGGAAACUGCCGGAACGGCGGUGCCGUCCUGGCACGGGCCAAGACCGCCCCGCUUCCGGUACCACCAUCCAAACGGAUGAAGAGUCCCUCGAACAUCAUGAGGCAGUCCAGCCUCACGAAACUCGGUUCCAUCAUCAACACCGCCGUCAACAAACGCGCCGGCAAUGGUGACAUACAGUGGUGCUUCUCGCAAGUGAAGGGGACCUUAGAAGACGACGUUACGGAAGCUGAUAUAAUCUCAUGCGUUGAGUUUAAUCACGAUGGUGAUCUCCUCGCGACAGGAGACAAGGGUGGACGCGUUGUCAUUUUUCAGAGAGACCCCAUUAGUAAAAACAGUAUACCACGAAGAGGCGAGUACAAUGUGUAUAGCACUUUCCAGAGCCACGAGCCAGAGUUCGAUUACCUAAAAUCACUAGAGAUAGAAGAAAAAAUAAAUAAAAUUAGGUGGCUAAAGAGAAAGAACCCCGCCCACUUUUUGCUCUCCACAAACGAUAAAACAAUAAAGUUGUGGAAAGUUAGCGAGAGAGAUAAAAGGGUGGAGGGGUAUAAUACAAAAGAGGAGAAUGGCACGAUACGCGAUCCUGCCUGCAUCACUGCCUUGAGGGUGCCAACCAUAAAACCAAUGGAGUUGAUGGUAGAGGCAUCACCAAGGAGGAUAUUCGCCAAUGCGCACACCUAUCACAUAAACAGUAUAAGUGUCAACAGUGAUCAAGAGACAUACCUCAGUGCUGAUGAUCUUAGAAUUAAUCUUUGGCACCUUGAGAUAACUGACCAGAGUUUUAAUAUAGUAGACAUUAAGCCAACUAAUAUGGAAGAGUUGACGGAGGUGAUAACUGCCGCGGAAUUUCAUCCUGCGGAAUGUAACGUGUUGGUGUACAGUAGUAGCAAAGGAACUAUUAGACUUUGCGACAUGAGAUCCGCUGCUCUCUGCGAUCAGCACAGUAAGCUUUUCGAAGAGCCCGAGGAUCCGACUAAUAGGAGUUUUUUCUCCGAAAUUAUUUCAAGCAUCAGCGACGUGAAGCUUAGUAAUUCUGGAAGAUAUAUGAUCAGUAGAGACUACCUCAGCGUCAAAGUGUGGGACUUGCAAAUGGAGACGAAACCAAUCGAAUGUUAUCCCGUACACGAAUACUUGAGAUCAAAAUUAUGCUCGCUGUACGAAAACGAUUGCAUCUUUGACAAAUUUGAAUGUUGUUGGAGCGGUAAUGACUCUGCUAUUAUGACGGGCUCGUACAACAAUUUCUUCCGAGUAUUCGAUCGUACGACCAAACGCGAUCUUACUUUGGAGGCAGCACGCGACAUUGCCAAACCCAAGACACUCCUGAAGCCAAGGAAGGUAUGCACCGGUGGCAAGCGCAAGAAGGAUGAGAUUAGCGUCGACUGUUUGGACUUUAAUAAGAAAAUACUUCACACUGCGUGGCAUCCAUCUGAAAAUGUGGUGGCUGUCGCUGCAACGAACAAUCUCUUCCUAUUCCAAGACAAACUCUAGCAUAUCUGUAUGCAAAUUAUACAACGGUAUAUAUUGACGUGAGCUAGGCACGUUGAACUGAAAACACUCCCAGUGGAAGCACGGGUGUCCCCGAGUGACGAUAGUCGACUACUAGUCUGUCAGUAGUUGACUGACCGAGGAGUGGUGUACGUAGCGCCGUCCACGCAGCUCACCUUCAUACAUACUAUAUACACAUAGACAUACCAGGAUUACAGUGCACCCCAUACUUUGUCGCGUGCAUAUGUGUAUGAAAAGAGAUGUGCAAACGCAUAACUCUCUCUCUCCAGGCUAUCAAUAAAUUCGCUAGCUCAAACGCAUUCGGCAGAAUCAAUUCGCAGACUCGUGUUGGCAGUUGAUAUAUAACUUUUAAAUGUUUUGCUUGUGUUGUAAAAUUUGUGCCAUGUCGCACGGUGUAUGUGUGACUACCGAGGUGCUCUCGCUUAACAAUUCAUGCACGUGGUACAAACGUUUAAGUUUUCCUCAAUUGACAUGCCUAAGUAGCGUUGUGCGAAAAAGAGAAAUGAAGCGAAAGGGGUCAGUCGUGCCAAUGAGAUUAAUCUGUAAUUAUUGUAAUUUUACAUAUUGUCAUUUGAAUUGUGUGUGAAAGAGAGAGAGAGAGAGAGAUGUCCCUCCUACAAAUCACUUUGCGGCUAAUCUAAAAGUCUGAUCCGAGCGUUACUGACCUCGACGUAAGUAAAUAAGAUUUACCAAUAGGUUUGUACUUGUAGAAUUGAAAUAACGACAGUUACCACUAUGAGGAGUUAACCUGUUUCUACAUUAUUUGUCUACAAUUCGGUAUAUAAUUCGCCGUACCACGCUUGUUAGACGUAAAGGCCUAUUUUCUCAAGUUAGUUUAUUACUCUCGCGAAGCAAUUAUUUGUCUCAGUCGCCAAUACGAGUCAAAAUAAUGGUAGAAAUUCUAAUAAGCCGGCAUCUCUCCUUAUAUUAUGUACAUCUGAAAAAAAGCAAAUGUUGCUACUCUAUAAAUAUAUGAAGCAAUAAGUGGCGCCGACUAAAGACAACAAUGUAUAAUAAAAUAUCAAUCGUCAUUUUCUAAAAAAGAAAACCAAGGUAUGCCCCGAUUGGGAGAUGAACGGAAAUGGCAUAGAUAUGGAAUACAGAUUUUCUAAUCUUUCUUAAUAAUUUAUCGACACUCUUAUACUCGUACAGAUAUAAGCAGCAAUUUCGUACACGAAUAUAAAAUAAAAUAAACCUAAAAGUGCAUUUGUGACGAUGGUAAGCUGGGCUUGCAGAGUUUAUACAAAUAAAAUAUUUGCCGAAUAAUGUACACCAGCAUAAUGUAACUUUGAUAAAUAUCACGGAAUGUUCAUGUUGAAAACUCACACGGGCGUCUAAUCGAGCAUCGAGAGGUGUGUACCAUUUAUCAGUCCACUUGCGCAUCGAUAUUUUACUCUUACUGUACAUGUUUAUUACGACAUAAUUGAGUCAUUUUUAUGAAGGAAGAACUCGAUGUUUUUACCGAGAUAGACCGAGAUGGAUAUGUACGAGCGAAGAAGGUGUUUCUUUAGGUUGCGUGUGAGUUUGAAAUAUGAAUUGUGAAUAUAAACAUAAA